AUGUCUUUCAACAUGGAGUAUGAGACUAUUGGCAAUGCCUUUGUCGGGCAUUACUACCAGAAGUUUGACGUCCAAGAUCCGCAGCUGAGGGCGCAGGGGCUCGCCGACCUCUACGAUCCAGACAAUUCCUACAUGACCUUCGAAGGGGUGCAGGUCCGCGGCAGGGACGCCAUUCUCCAAAAAUUCUCGACCGACGAAGAUCCGAUCCAAUCCUACAACCAACUUUUCAUCCUACGACCAAACGCUGGCUCCUUCUUCAUCGGCAACGAAAUCUUCCGCCUUGUGCUCCAUAACAAC